AGAGACCCUUUUGCUGCUCUCUAUAGCAUUUAUUUUGUGCUCCGCUUUAUUAGCCACCCACAUUCCACACAGAGUGAUUCUGUGUGGAAUGUCUUCGGUUUUAACAUGUAUUUCUUAGCGUGGGGACGUCGCGGAGCGGGUUUCCUUCCUCACGCAUCGCGGUGACGGUCUCGCGCUAAGCCUCUCCCACCACCGCUGCGCACGAGCCACCCGUCAUACCCACGGACGGACGGCGUGCGGACCGGGCACAACAAGCUCCGCGGUCGAGCUGCUCGGUCCACAGAGCCUCACCGACCCCCGGCGACCCGCUCCGACUGAGAAAUGAGCUCGGCGUCCGGCGAACACACGUUGUCGACGUGAGCGCGUGACGACAGUUUCUUCGCGGAAACACACACAUUGUCACCUCACGCGCACACACGCGCGCACGCAGACAGACGACCCGCGCGCCGGUUUUGCUGUUUACCAACCGACCAGCUCGGUGUCAGGACGGUCCCACCCGCUGGUACCGACAGCCAUGGCGGAGAGGAGCGGCCGGCUGAGUUUCCCCGGGAGCGGGGCUCUCAACCGACCGGUGCCCAUGAACCUGUUCGCAACGUGGGAGAUAGACGGGUCCUCCCCGAACUGUAUACCGAGACUGUGCAGCCUGACUCUUAAGAAGCUGGUGGUGAUGAAGGAGCUUGAUAAAGAGCUGAUUUCUGUGGUCAUCGCAGUCAAGAUUCAAGGCUCCAAACGCAUUUUGAGGUCCCAUGAGAUUGUGCUGCCACCUAGUGGGUCAGUGGAGACUGACCUGGCUCUCACCUUCUCCCUGCAGUACCCACACUUCUUGAAAAGAGAAGGCAACAAGCUCCAGAUAAUGCUCCAAAGACGGAAAAGGUACAAGAACCGAACGAUUUUAGGCUACAAGACUUUGGCCAUGGGAUCUAUUGACAUGGCAGAGGUGAUGCAGCACCCGACGGAGGGAGGUCAGGUUCUGUCUCUCUGCAGCAGCCAGAAAGACAUGCUGGGCAAAGUGGCCAAGAUCUGGAUCUUCUCCCUGUCCAGUCAGCCGAUAGACCACGAGGACGCCGCCCUGCAGGGAGGACAGAAGAUCAAAUGCACCGAUAACUACUCGGAAGAAGAGUAUGAGAGCUUCUCGUCGGAGCAGGAGGCCAGCGACGAUGCGGUGCAGGGACAGGAUCUUGAGGAUGAUGAGUUUGACGUGAGGAAACUAAAGAAGCAGAGGAGGUCCAUUGUCAGGACCCCGUCCAUCACCAGGCAGCAGAACUUUAAGCAACGAGUGGUGGCGCUGCUCAAGCGCUUCAGAGUUUCUGAUGAGGUGCUGGACUCGGAGCAGGACCCGGCGGAGCCGCCGCCUGAGGUGGAGGAGGAGGAUCUGGACCUGGACAGUGUGGAGUUUGAGAACCCCAGCGACAGCUGCCCGGAGCUGGACGAUGAUGACAGCGUCCUCAGCACGCCAAAACCCAAACUAAAGCCAUAUUUCGAGGGACUGUCCCUCUCCAGCUCCCAGACCGAGAUCGGCAGCAUCCACAGCAGCCGGAGCCACAGAGAGCCGCCGAGCCCGCUUGAUCUGGACAAAACCAAGUGCGGCGACUCGACGUUCGCCGACGAUGGCGGCCGUGACAACGCCACCUUUGAGCAGCCCGAGGCAGUGACUCCCACCACGGAGCUGGAAAUGGACAACAUGGACACGUUUCUAGAGAGACUGCCACCUACUGGCAAAAUGACCAAGACGGAAUCGCUCAUCAUUUCAUCCAACAGGCAGGAAGCGAAGCUGGCAGGGCGGAGAGGUCGGAGCACGUCCCUGAAGGAGCGCCAGCCCAGCAGGCCCCAGAACGAGAGGGCCAACAGCCUGGACAACGAGCGGUCCCUGGAUACACGGUGCCACCUACAGAUCCCUAGAAAAACUGUUUAUGACCAACUGAACCACAUCCUGGUGUCUGAUAACCACCUUCCUGACAGCAUCAUCCUCAUCAACACGUCAGACUGGCAAGGUCAGUAUCUGUCGGAUUCGCUGCAGAACCACCAUCUGCCUGUGGUCUGCACAUGCACCACGGCCGACAUCCAAGCUGCUUUCAACACCAUCGUCUCUCGCAUCCAAAGAUUCUGCAACUGCAACUCCCAGACGCCCAUUCCCAUAAAGAUCGCAGUGGCUGGAGCGCAGCACUACCUCAGCGCGGUUCUGAGGCUCUUUGUGGACCACCUCUCCCACAAGACCCCGGACUGGCUCGGCUACAUGAGGUUCCUCAUCGUCCCCUUAGGUGCGCAUCCCGUCUCCAAGUACCUCGGCACGAUUGAUCAUCGCUACAACUGUCUGUUCCAAGACGCCGCCUGGAGGGAUCUGUUUCACAAGGCGGAGGCUCCCGUAAUCGUUCAGGAGAGCCCUGACGUGGUGUCAAGGGUCACGCAGUACAUGGAGGGAGCGAACGGAGCCCACCAGCUCCCCAUCGCCGAGGCCAUGCUCACUUACAAGCAGAAAAGGAAAAAGAGCUUUCAUUUUGAUUUUGCCGUAAGCCCUAAUGAGGAUUCCUGUCAGAAGUUCAUCCCAUUUAUUGGGAUGGUGAAAGUUGGCAUUGUGGAGCAAACAUCUGCAACAUCAGGAGACUCUGAUGAUGCAGCGCCUCUGAGCUCGUCUCUGCUCUCCUCCACCCCUCCUCAAGUGUCCCCCGCUUUUAAAGAGGCUUCGCCAACACCGCCGCCUUCUCCCUCCAUCAACACCAGCUUCUGUGCUCUCAGCAGUUCCAGCAGCCAGGCGGAGCUGAUGGGCCUUCAGGUAGAUUACUGGGUGGCUCCGACAGAGAGGAAGAAAGACGUGGAGAAGCGGGACUCCUCCUCCAAAAACACUUUGAAGUGCAAUUUCCGCUCGCUGCAGGUCAGCCGGCUUCCACCGGGGGGCACAGAGCCAAGCCCCCAGCCCACCAUGUCUAUGACUGUUGUAACCAAGGAGAAAAAUAAGAAGGUCAUGUUUCUGCCCAAGAAGAGCAAAGACAAGGAGGUGGAGUCGAAGAGUCAAGUGAUCGAAGGCAUCGGUCGCCUCAUCUGCGCUGCCAAACACCAGCAGACCAUGCUGAGAGUGCUGAUCGAUGGCGUCGAGUGGAACGAUGUCAAGUUUUUCCAGUUAGCAGCUCAGUGGUCCUCACAUGUCAAACACUUCCCCGUCGGGAUUUUUGGGCACAAUAAGGGCCCGUACUAGCAGCACCUUGAAAAGAGACUGAAACAAGGAGGACAGCCCCCGUUGACCCCUGUGCCAAGAUUUUAACCCCCGUCUCCGUCAUUUUACUCUGCUGUCUUAAGUUAAACUGCCGCUCUCCACUGUUGCAUUUGUCCGAUUAUUUAAUAUUCCGGGGGUUUUUUGUUGUUGUUUUUUUAAUUUAUCUAAAGCUGCCAGGUGACAAAAUGACUUUACCCUGCUUAAAAAGCUGCUGAUGUUUUGUAGACCUUUGAGAAAGUAGUCUUCAUAAAAGGCUUUUAACCUUUAACAUGUUGAGCGAGUCAUCAGGUAGGACCUGUUUUAUUUCAUUUUAUGUUUUCUUUUUGCUGUUUCAUUUAAUAUUUGUGUGUUUUUUUAAGGUUCGUAUUAAACCAGCAAAAUUAAUGUAGUGCAUAAAACACACACAAAAACACAAGAGAAGCUGCCAUGGAAUGAAACGCUCUUACUUUCAAUUCAGGUUUUUUCCCCAGGUUUUCUCAGCCGAGAAGUUAAAAAAGAAGAAGAAAAAAAAAAAGACUAGCUCGAGUAGAUGUAAAAUCAGUGAAUUGAGCUUUUUUUCUUUCACUCCAUACAAACUUCUGUAUUUUGUAUUUCUACCUCUAAAAAUUAACUCAAAAUAUGUCAAGUGUUAGGAGCAAAAAUAAAUCAGAACAAACAUUAGAAUUCAUUAAGAUUUAAAAGGUAACGAACAAAUAUCUGGCUAAGAGGCUUUAAGUGCCUGCUAGAAGCCUCCCAGCCACCAGGGGGCUGCGAGUACUCACAUGGAAUGAGACAGAAACAAUUCCUAAGCUCCCAUGCAACUUUUGGCUGGCUCUGGAAUCAAUAUUAUUAGCAGCUAAUUAGCUUAGCAUAGCAUAAAGGCUCUAAAGAAAUUCCAAACUGGCAAAUUUUAAAAAUUCGCUUUAUAAAGUUCUUCAGUUUAACCUUAUGCAUUGUAUCUUAACAGCUGUAACACUAAGCUAAUAGCCACUGGCUACAAAAACUCGACUAUGGCCAGAAGUAAGCAUCCUGCCACCAUGUUGGGCUCCAAUUGAACAUGACCUAGAAAUAUGACGUUUUGAUGUAAUUGGUAAAAUUGGAAGAAUCCUAAUUUACUGUGGCAUAAAUUCUCAUCUAACUGAACAUGGGUUUAUGUUCAAAAAUGUCUGACUAUUCCUUUGAGUUUUCCUUGUAAAUGGGAAUUAGUUGUAGAAUGACCUAUCUUUACCUCUAAGCUGUUUAAUCCUCCUUCGAGGGAAAGUUGAGAUUUUUUGUAAUAAAGUUAAUUUCAGUCAUAUUCCAGUUUGUUUGUGGAAAAGAAAAUGCAUUUGGAGGACAUAAAAUGUUACCUAGCUAGCUAGAUAACCAGAUGUGCCCCUGUUUUGGCUGACUUUGUCCAUUUAAGCAACUCAAACUAUGUUAUAAAGUACAGCGCUUUAUUAGGGAAUUAUAAAAUUACAUCAGCAAAAACUACCAGCCUUAUUAAUCUGUUAGUUUGUUUAAUCUUGGUCUAACAAGUUCUGUUUUGUUUGUUUUUAAAUGGAACCAUGCAGAUCAAUGAACAUCUAGUGUACACGUAAAUACAUGACAUUAUAUCCAAGUGUCACUGUUGCUUGAUGCUCUUGGUUGUAGGUUCUCCAUUUUAAAACGUAAUAUUCAUUAUUGUCAAACAUUAACAUUUUUGUUUUAAUCUCAGCACACAACAUGUUUCUUGAAACUGCAAUCCGGCUUUUAAUUUAAUCUUUAGGAUAUCCCUUCUUCCUCACUGAAUGACCUUUCACCUCAAUUUGUUUUGCUCGUUCCGCUCUGCAUUUUUCCACGAAUGGCCUCGCUGAUUCCUUCAAAUAUUUCAGUAAUGACCCGGAGGUGUGUUUCAAGUACACCUCCAAGUGACCUACCAGAAGCUUAAAAAGCGGUGACCUCAUUACUUUAGCUCUUCCAAGAUAUAUUAAGGCGUGGUAAACUUAAUGCAAGUAAGUUUCUCGUUUUAACAGUGGAGUUGUAUCCUUUGCAUUUUCAGUUCGAGUUGUUUAAAAUAAUUAAAAUCAGCUAAAACAGGGGAUCCUAUUGGACUAGCCAUUAUCCUCUCUGAGGAUAUGUUCACAAAAUUUCACUUCGAAAAAUCUGAACUAUCCCUUUAAGACCAGCACUCCUUCGGACUGCGUAGCUUUUUGCUGAAAGCAAAGACUUUGAUUGUUUUAGGGGUUUUCUGUGGCCGAUGCGAGUUUGCUCGUCGCAGCUCUCAGCCUGCGUGCUCUGCUACUUCAAACGUUGCGGCGAAUGUAUCAAAAGAUUACCUUACUGUAAAGCACUUUUAAACGUUUGUGUAAUUUAGAUUAGUGCAAAAUCACUCUCCCACUGGGAACCUGCAGGUAUGCAACCGGCUGGCCGCUGCGAGCCACCAAAGCUGAACAGCAGCACAAACGAGUGGUGUCGCCAUUUAUAUGCAAAGCCGGCCAAGCCGCUGUACUAUUAACACAUUAAUAUGCUCAGUGUGGGGCCUAAAUGGAGUAUUGUAGAGUUUAGUUCAAAUAUUCUAAGUUUAGAGCAGAUUGUGUACGUAGUGAAUGUCCGAAGCGUCUCUACCUGUGCGUCAAACACACUUUUUUCCCACAAAUUGUUACUGACUAGACGUUUGAUCACAACCCUCAUCAUUUGUUUAAUAAGUGCCUAAAUUGCAUAAUUUGACAAAUCGAUAUAAGUAAUAAUCCCUGCCGACUAUGGUGCUGAGUCUGGGCCCAGGAGAACUUAAGUAAACUCCAACACAUACGAAUAGUUGCUUGCGUCUGUUCACGUGUGCAACGCUAAAUCGCAUUCUAGCCGCUUGGCUCCAAGUGAAAUGAACCCCUAAUGUUGAGAAAAACCUUGGUUGUUGCUUCUUCUUCUUCUUCUUAUCUGUGUAAAAUAUAUUUUUAUUUUAAGUGUUGUCUCAGAGAAAGCUUCUCAAGACUGAAAGUUGCUUAAAGACUACCACUGUAAUCCCAAAAGUUGGGAAUAAUAAAACUACUAUACACACUAAAA